ACAUACACCGGUCUGUGCACCGCGUCUGGAGACUGAUAACAGCAAGGAGCUGCUACUGUGGACGAACAGGAGCGAGACGCUGGGAAGCUGUAAAGGAGGAAGUGUGACAUAGUUAGAGUUUGUUUGUUUGUUUAUUUAUUUAUUUAUUUAUUUGCCUGUCUGUUUGUUUGUCUGAGGGCUAUUUAUUACAUUUCAAUCAAAGAUGAACGGAACGACGAGAAGUCUGUGCACAGUUGAGGACAUCAGAAACCAAGAAUAUGGAGAGGGGUGCAGGCGACUGCGGCUCACACUCCACGACCAGAGCCAGGCAGCUCGGAGCACGGAGCAGCACAGGGACAAGCCAGUCGGACGAGCGUUUGCACUGGUGCAGCCGGCCAGCGACAGGACAGUUUUGACCCCUGAACCGGUCAAGUCUACAGAGGAGCAGGUCGAAGUUAUCAAGGUGUAUUUAGAGGCCCGCAGACAAGAGCAGCAGAAACACCAGCAGAGCCUGAAGAUGUUGUCAGACGAAGUUUCACAGAUACAGGAGGUGAGGUAUUGCCUGAAGACACUAAGGGAGCAGAUGGCGGCCAAAAACAAGGCGCACACAAACGGGUGGAAAGUCAGCGUUCCCUUCAGAAAGAGCGCCUCGUCUGCCCCCAAGGGAGGAGUUAAAGCUGACGGACAGGAAGCAGAUGAUGAAGCGGAGAGAACCAAGCUGAGGGAAGUCAGUAAGCGUUUAUAUGCACAGCUGCAGGAAGCUGAGAAGAAACACCAAGAGGAGAAGGAGAGGCUGCAAACUGAAGGCAGCAGGCUGAGGGAGCGUCUGAGUGAACAGGAGGAGAAGUUGAAGAGCACAGAAGAAGCCAGCGAGAGGAAAGACAAGCGCAUCGAAGAGCUCCAGAGGUUGUUGGGAGGGAUGGAGCAGGAGAGCGCCACCUUGCGGGAGGCAAUCCGCGACCGUGAGGAGGAACUCCGCGAGCUGCGCAAGAUCAGAGAGGAGGGCCAGAAAGGCGACCAGAGGGCUGAACAGUUGGAGAAGGAGGUGGCUAUUCUAAAAGAAAAGAUCCACCAUCUGGAUGACAUGCUGAAAAGCCAACAGAGGAAAGUCAGACACAUGAUUGAACAGCUCCAGAACUCUCGCAUGGUGAUCCAGGAGAGAGACCGCGUGAUCAAAGAGCUGGAGGAGAAAGUGGCGUUCUUGGAAGCUGAGAACCGAGAGAUGCGUGACCAGAUGGACUACUUCCUGGGAGGACAAAGGUCAAAUUCCUACCUUUCAUCAGAGCGUAAUCCCCAGAUUGUCUACAGUAAACCAAUCAAGCUGUCCACUUCAUCUAACAAACCACUCCCUUUCAUCAAAGUCAUUGAGAUCAAGUCAUGAAGCGACUGUGCAGAAGAACAACACAGUUCCGAAGUGAAGGGCUCAAAACCACCAAACUUUUUCAGUGCAGACUGAAACCAAACAGCAGCUCUACUACCACAUCUGAUCAUGCCAAUAUUUUGAAUGUCAGGCCUGAGCUUCCUACAUCAACACUUCCACUAACCACAAAGACUCUUGAAGGAAACUGUGUGGUAUUUGGCAGGACACAUACACUGGGGUCUGUUGUGUGCUUUGUGCAUGUGCAUAGUGAAUGAGUGUGUGCAUGUCAGCUUUAAUAUAGAUACAUCAAGUGUACUGAUACACCUGAUAUGUUUUCGAAGUUUAACCUAUAAUACAUCAUACUGUAUGCUAGUGUUCCCUAGUCCUGCCCUCUUUUGAUCACUUUUUUGACCUUUGAGUUUAUGGCAUCCUUGUUGUUGUAUCAAAACACAACUGUUGUGCAAAGGGCAGGAUGACAUACUUUUCGCCAAUAUGGGUAAUGACAUUAAGUCCAUAUAGAGUAAUGUAGCAGCAAUAUACUGUAGCUAACUAAGCUGUCAUGGCAGAUCAGUUUCACGUAAAAAUCAUUAACCUGAUGAUCUGACUCCUGUGUCCUUGUACUCAUUAGUCACUCAUACAUGACUCUGUUCACUUGAGUGAAUGGUAUGAUGCUUUUGACAUGUAAAUACUGACAUAUAUAAGCACAGCACCCUGCGUUUAAAAAUGUAUUUAAAAAAAAAAGACAUUUUUAAAUAACGAUAUGGUUUUUAAGCCUCCAACAACAAUAUGGCACUUAAUGAAACUGUGAGGAAGCAGAAGAAAAAAAAAAGAUGUUUGGCAGCAUUGCUACUUUAGAAGUGUCAUUGUUCUCAAUAGUUCUUAUAAAGCAUUUCAGUUCCCUGCCAUUGUGUAUGCAUUCACCUUGUUUUGUACAUAAUGAAUGUGAUUUGAUGUUUUAAUUUCUGCCUAACGACUUUCUCCUUUGUAUUUAUUUAUUUUAAAUAAAAACCUCUAGACAGA